AUGUCGAUGUUGCAAGUGUUUGUGGGUCUUGCGCUCUGUGCUCUUCUUGUAUGCUCGCAGCAACCGCGAGUGGAGACGGAAGAUCUGGAUCUAGACGACGUGGCCGAAAUGCAACUGCUGAUGGAGAUCUUAGGAAAGGCCUCCACGACGCCGCCGGUUGACAGACUGGAAUCACCAACGCCUAUGCCAGUCGGUGGCAUGUAAUGUCAACUCUCAGUUGAGCAAUCAACAGGGACGUAAAAGUCUAUACCGCUACAUGCUUUUGAUAUUUAGCUUUUUCCCCACCCAAAAUACAUAAUGCUUUGUGCAUUUUGGUAUUAACUUCAUAACGUUUGAACCGUGGCAGUAGUCACUUGCCGCAAGGAAAUUCUCUAAUCGAUGGUCAAAUCCAGUCCAUUUCCUUCGUUUUGUUUUGGCCGUCUGGAGAAGACGAGGAAACAAGAUUAAUCGGGUGGGUUCGUUCACCUCAUUGCACUUUGUUUGGGGAUAAAUGGGAGAGCGCAGGUAAGAGACACCAGUUUGUCCAACUGACUACACCGGACGGACCAACGGGUGAACUGCAGAGCUGAGUGGCGCACAGAGUGGAGGACGCAUUACGUGGGAGAGAAAGGAGAACAGUCUUUUUGUGGCGGGAGCAGUUAGUAUAACAGUAAUGGAGUCGGCCAAAUUGUGGCCUUAGGCCAAGUAGUGUGGUCUCCUUCUGUGAAACAAUUUUCCUUAUGGUCUGAGCUAAUAGUAAAGGCGGGAAUUCUGUUAAAUAUGUCAUCAUGAGUUUGUGAACAAUCAGACCUACAUGCACCAAUAGCACUCAGGCAAUUACUACUGACCAGCGAAGUUGGGAAAUUGGGAAAUCGUGUGGACGGACAGAAUCGCAUUACCGACAAUGAUAAGGGAGACUGGAGUGGCCAUUUCUGACUUAUUAGCCGUCGUCAGACAGUCAUACCCAACCUUGAAUUGUCGAACAUUUGGGGCUCGAUCCCGCGACCUUUAGGUUAGGAGUUCCACGCCUCUAACCACUAAGCCACGGACUCAGUGUCCUGUUGGUUACGACAUGAUACUACCUGCUGUAGACAUUUGAAAAGGGUUCAACCACGGACAACGACAAAAGGCUAAACUUCCUCCUACUACAAGAGACAGCGGGUAAAAGGCGGCCAAGUUUCGGUCCACAGUGGACCCUGUUGUGUGGGCAAUUCCAGGUAAUCGUUAUGCAUGAAUUGGCCGACCAUCAGAUCCUAGAAACCUAGUCAACUUCGACAGCUGACUCUGCCCAUGGGCAGACCAAGUACGUUGUCAUGUGUGCACUACCGCGCUUGCGUUGGUCAGGUCAGAGGAACAGAUCAGAAACCCAUCUUAUCCUGGAGUCCCUACAAUGGGCGAGAUUGGCUGGAGAGUAACGACGACUGAAAUGCAGAAUUGUGGACAAGACAGGCCAGUUUUGGUGUGUGUGUGUGUGUGUGUUUGCCCACAAAGAGGCCACGUGGUAGAUGCGCUGGACCAACAUGAGGGUCAUAUCGGAUUCGCACAGGCGUUAUCGGAGUUGCGCACCACAAUAAAUGCUAACAUUUCGCGAUGCGGUGACAGACCCGGUUGUCGGCGUACGUCGCGCACACUGAGACCCUGCUAUCGCUCAUUGUUGUUGUGAAUCGAAAACCUACUUAUCAGUUGUGUAGACCAGGGGGUGUGGAGUAGAACGCCAAGGUGUGGGCUCGAGCGUGCUAUCCACCUGCGCCCUUCCUCGUCUCCGGUCUUCUUGAUUUUGUCCUGACACCGGGUCCAAGUGGGGAAGGGAGAGAGAGUGCGGUAGCUGCAGUGCAAGUCAAAAUUCACUAUAAACUAAAUAUUUGCACGUCACCGUUCCUGCUCUCACCCUGCCGUGAAGCAUACGGUGGACAUCGUCGGACGCGAUGGUCAAACUGUCAUGCGUGUGUGUGUGUGUGUGGGAGGGGGGUCUGUGUUGAGGAGUGUCGACGUGGCGGGAGACCCUGGCAUAGCACACUGUGAAGGGACAGACUUAAGAGUCAGACUGGUGACAUUUGCGUUACCGGGAUGGUUAGGUCACCGAUUUCCGGAAGCCGACAGCGGGCGAAGGAGAAAAAAUAACUGCCGACCCGUAGGAACAAGAUGAAGUUGAGUUAGCAAAGGUAUGGCUUUCCUUUUCCCCUAACCAUGGGGGUCUUUAGUAGGCAAGUUCCAGACCGGCCAAUCAUGACGUCAGUCAGCUUGAUCUAGUCAGUUACAAGGGACCGUAGGUGCAGAUGUUGUACAAGUCAUCCUCGAACAUCACAUGUCGGUUACCCUGAGGAGGUACUGAGUCUCCUCGACAGUUCGACCGUCGUUGCCGACGAUGUCCACCGUGUGCUCUAUUGCAAGGUGAGAGCAUGGACGGCGACAUCUGCGUUAAUUAGUGAAUAAUAUAGUAGACUUGCACAGCAUCUACUGCACUCCCUCCUCUCCCACCUAGACCCGGUGUCAAGGCAGAAUCAAGAAGACCGGAGGCGGGGAAGAGCGCAGGUGGAUGGCACGGUCGAGCCCGCACCUUGGCGCUCCACUCCAAAACCCCUGACCCACACAGCAAAUGACCAGGUUUUUGACCAACAACAACAAUGGGGGGCGACAGGGGUCCCAGUGUGCGUGACGUCUGCCGGCAACCGGGUUUGCCACCGCACCCAGAAAUGUUGGCAUUUGUUGUGGUGCGUAAUUCCGAUAACGCCUGACAGAAUCCGAAAUGGCCUCCGUAUUUGUCCAGCGCAUCUGCCACCUGGCCCCUUUUGAGGCCGACCCCCCACACCCCACUUUCCUGCGCAGGGACGAAAAUGGUCUUUUCAGAAAGUAAGACCACUUAUUUUGACACAAACAGGACUAACCUACAUGCAACCGAUGACCUGCACUGUAACCGUAUCCGGUGCCCACACCAGUGAUUGGAGAGAGGUUGGUGGGUAGGAAUGAAUAAAUGACCUAUGUAUUCAGUUCAGUUCGGUUCAGUUUAUUUGAGGAAAAUGUAGGCAAUGCACUUUUCAGCUCCCUUUUUGGUUUACAAGCGUCGAGAUUAUACCAAAAUCUGGGCGGCAAAAGCAUCAAACACGCAUAGAAAAAUAAUAGAAAAUGUACAGAUGGGCUAAUUAUUCCAAGUGUCAGAAACACUGGUAUCACCAACUGCGUUCUACGGUAGUCAGUCUGUGCACAAUUGUGCUCAAGAGAAAGUACUGAUAUUUCAGCUAUCCGCAGGCGCUAAAGUGAAUGGCGUCAUGUGUGCGCAGGUGUUUCGGUAAUAAGAUAAUUCAAAAACAAACGUUACUGAAAUGUAGACAGUACAAUUACAGCCUCAAUGCGAUAUCGGUCAGGUGACAUUAUGAUGUAUAACGGUAGACUGAUCCAGUUUCCCCUCAAAAGCCUCGGCGGAUGUCCACGUAACGAGGUCUGCAGCCAGAGCACUGCAAACCUCAAUCACUCUGUCGAGGUAAACCAUGAAGAAGAAUUUCCGUGCGUCCAGCUUGGCGCCAGAUACACGUAGUUUUAGUGGAUGACUCCACAGGUUCGUUGUGAUCGCUAACUCAAAGAAGUCUCCAAGUUCGUGACAGCAGCCCUGACCGCGCAUGAUGCAGAGGAACAAGCGAAUUAGUGAGGACCCCUAUCCCGAGGGUCUUCCCCGCAGCGAACUGGCGUUUAUUCUUCGCAAAUUCACCCCUCUUAUGGUUCGGGCGGAGGUAGGGGUAAGGACCGACCGCUGCUGCAGGCCACAUCGAUGUGGAGUGAGAUAUAUUGGCCGUACAACGAGGAGUUUGGCUGCCUACCUGGCUAGGUAAAAGGGAAAAUCGAUCGAUUUCCAGCUCAGUUCUCGCACACCUAAUCGAUACAAACCACCCAGUCGACGUCAAAUGAGUCUCUCGAGUUAUCUACCGGGCGCCAGCACAAUACUCUAAAGGUCUACCCAAACGGGUACUAGCAACGACUGAAGCAGUGACUAUUCGGUUAGCUGAUCCAGCACUCUGUUGUCAGGGGACGUUGAUACAGGCGAUCUGUUUUCUCUGGCCGACUCCAGGUAGUGAUCGUACGCCGCUCCAACGUCCUGAGAACAGUCGAAUGCACCCCUGUGCUUGACAUACAGACUCCUCCCUUCAUCCCCCUUCCCCCGGGCUCCUACGUUCUCAACACGCUGACGCCGUCAUUCAGACGGUGUGAGAAUGACGAGUGUGGCUAAUCCUUACCCCGGAGACACAAACCUUGUCCAUAGCUGAUAAUUUCAUUCUCCGUGUAAUAGGAGUGGCCUAAUGGUGACUUACCGAAAAUAUGUAUUUACCAAUUGACUUUCUUAUCAUAUUUCUUUAGAAAUCGAAUAAAGAGAUCGAGAUUGGAUAACCGUGAUUCAGGGGGCACUGUGCCCUGUCCACUAAUGAGUCUGGCCUCACCCCUUCGAACUUCUUCCAGGACCUUGAGGUUCCUAGCGGUGUAGGGUUUGCACGUUUGAAUGAGGAACUCCAAUUGUGACCUCACAAACGUUUGAAAGGCCUUAGCGGAGCAGUCUCCAUCGAAGGUAGAGAAAGGCCGCUUGACAAGGUACAGUGCUGACAUUGUGGAGUUUGCUAUGUUUGAAUAGUGUAGCGGCGGUUUAAGUGACGUCGUGAUCCACACAUCCAAGUCUUUAUAGGCGUCUUCCUCAUUCAACGGCAUGUCAUUGAGGUGAUAAGACCUGCAGUUUGGCGCUCUGACUCCGCUGACUCGCAGGAUGUUCUACAUGGUCACGUUGAACUGCGCAAGCCAGUCCUGAGAUCAUUUAUCGAGUCGGUUCGGGUUGGCCUGCCAACCCUCGUCGUCUAGAUCACACCCGUGUUGAGGGAAGGGUAUCUCGAGUGUUGGAAAUCCUGAAUUAGGUCUGAACACUGGUCAGACAGCCAAAUAUGUCAACCAGAUUUGAAAUAUUUCGAGGAAGCCAAUGAAAAAAGUAAAUAAAAGCAGAUCAGACCAGAGAAGAGCAGAGUUCACGGAAUGAAAACUUCGUAAACUCUAGUAUGUGAACGACAGAAACUCAGUAAAACUUGACACAAGACCGCUUUGCUAAAUGAAAGGGACACCGGUGGCAUAUUCGUGCAAAUCUUUAUCUCUCUCUCCUUCUCCCGGGCACCAGUUCGCUGUCCAAGCCGAUUAGCCAUCUGAUGUGUGAAAGCUCGACGUUUUGUGUGGAAGUCCGAGCACUGAAGAACGAGUUAUUCGGCCGUCUACCACUUGAGACUGGUCUCCGCAUCAGAUGACUAACCGACUCGGAGAGUGGACUGGUGCCAGGGAGAGGAAAGAGAACAUGACGUCGACCCUGUGGACAAAGUCCUCACGGAACACAGCGCAUAUUCCCCAAUAUGAUAUACAGUGAGUAACCGAUCUCAUGAAAUGUUGGCUGAAAUUUCCAAGAGCGUUUUCGAUUAGGAAGGAUUACGUGGGCACGGUUGUAAUGCCGAUUAUCUUGGGGCAUAUGCUUAUAACAUUUCGGACUCGUCAGAGUGUCAGUUUUUGAAUGUACUGCUUUCCAAUCUCCUUUAGAAACCGUUCUCGGUAAAAAAUGACUAUUUAAGUAACAUGCAUUUUUCCCAUUGAUUUUCGAUGGUCUUGCAAAUUCAAAUAUAUAUUAUAGAAACCAUAAAUAAAAUUAUGCUUUCUUUCAGCCACUUAGUAGAGAAUCGCGUCUUCUUUAUAUUUUAUACUCAAGGAAGGAGUAUGAUUAGGUUUUAAAAAAGCUUCUAAUUAUGAGGUUUCUUAAGACCUCGAAAUGUCCAUUCACACAGCAUCGUACCUGGUCGUUUACCACAGCUCCUCAUGAAAUGUACAACGUGGUCCGCAUCCUCUGUGGGGGGACUUAAUCGGGUAAAUAUCCAAGUAUCUGCAGUGCACAAAGGAUGUCUACUACACGUGUUUAAGUAGGUCAUACCUAACUCGAUACUUUCCUAAACGUGUUUAUUUAUCGUAGACUCGCACAUUCGAUUGGGAGGCUAUCAUCCGACUUCCCGUUGCAUAAGCUACCAGGACCUUGGCUCAGAGAGUUGAGAAACAGCCGCCGCGCUUUACUUCUUUAUCGUGGACCAUGCCCUUCGCAUUAGCAUUAACUGCCAUUGGGAGAGCUGUGAUACUUCAGGCAGCAACCUGUUGAAUGAAUCGCUCAUCAUAGAUCUCAGUCCAUACCAUUGGGAGGUCGUCAGACUUAGCCUUAACUACCAUCGGCUGCGCUAUUACCACCAUUUCCGUAAGACAGGCGACUGUGGCUAGUUAGUGAUACUUGGGGGCUUUCUCUAGAUCCUUGCCUUUAAUCCUUACAGUAGACCUUCCUAAGGCUUAAUUCGCCGGUAGUCAGAGCCUGGCUUCUGGAGGGCGCAGAUGUGAUUGGGGUAGCGGCCAAAAGCUGUGCAUAGCGGUCAUCGCCUGUAUGCAGCAUCUAUAGACGGUGUAGCCUUUAGCUGGAUUCCCCUACAACUCCCUCCCCGCUGCCAAGGCCUGACUGAACAGCGUGCAUUUCGUUGACUCGAAGCUUGGCUCCUGUGUUCCCAUUGGCGUGUGUGUAGAGGCUGGCCACUGGGUCAGGAGUAGAUAGCUCGCAUACAGGCCAGUCAAACCCGAUCAGAGCAAUAAGCUGGGGUCACACUGCGAGUUUGAUGUGCCGUGGUGUAUCUUGGUACUUUCUGCGUUGUGGUGAAUCCCUACACGUGAUGGUCGCAUUACAGCGCCUCUUGUUUGCCAACAAUGGGCUAGACUUUGUUUCGAAUUAUGACGUUCCAGGUAUGUUAGACCAGUGUUCUGGGGUAAUCUCGAUUUUCGAAUACUAUUCUUUCUGUUAUGCAGCCAUGGAACGCCAUUGAUUAUGCAUCACGCAACUAUUAGACGUCCCUCAACUCUGCCCCUUUGAGGAACCUCUUUUUUCACAAACUAAUGCCUUGAUGGAUACUCUGGCAAAUCAUCUUUCGAUGCCACGCUUGUGACUUACAGUAGAUGUGCUAACUCAUGAAAUGUCAACCAAAAUUUCGAAAUGCGUUCUCGCUUCGAAAAGAUAAAUUAAGUAGCGUUGUAAAACUAAUCAUGAUGCAGCAUAAAUCUAUAAUGAUCCAGUUACCUCAGGGAUUCGGCUUUCGAAAGAACUCAUUUUCGGCUGCAUGCAAGAUCUAUACUCUGCAAAAAAUGACUACUUAUGUGGCAUGCAAUUUUCUCAUUGAUUUUCGAUGCCCUUGAAAAUUCAAUUAAAUUUCAUGGAAAACAUGCAUAAAAAUAUUCAUUCUUUCACUUAUACGGUAGAAAAUCACAUCUUCUUCCAAUCUCAUACUCAAAAGAAGAGUAUGAUUCGGUUUUAAAAAACUUUUCUAAUUCCCGAAUAAUUUUGAACCCGACCUGCUGUUACACUUGCAUUCAGGGUUUCAAAACUACAAGCUGUAUAUUUUCCGUGUACGGAAAACCAUGCAUGUCUCUACGGUGUUAAGAGGAGACCAUAUGGGGUUCAUAAAAUUAAGCAGUGGAUUUGAGCAAUAUUGUUAACUUUACAAGCCACAUUCGUAAAUGCAGAUACAUGACGUUUCAUGAACGGCCAUUUAACGGUAUUAAAAAAUCUCAUAAUUAGAAACUUUUUUGAAAGCAUAUUAUACUCUUCUUUUGAGUAUGAAAUCGGGAGAAGACGUGAUGUUCUGCGGAAUAAGUAAAAGAAGGAAUAUUUUUCCAUGAAAUAUGAUUGAAUUUUCAAGGGCAUCGAAAAUCAAUGAGAAAAUUGCAUGCCACAUAAGUAGUCAUUUUUUGCAGAGUAUAGAUCUUGCAUGCAGCCGAAAAUGAGUUCUUUCGAAAGCCGACACCCUGAGGUAACUGGAUCAUUAUAGAUUUAUGCUGCAUCAUGAUUAGUUUUACAACGCUACUUAAUUUAUCUUUUCGCAGCGAGAACGCACUUCGACAUUUUGGUUGACAUUUCAUGAGUUAGCACAUCUACUGUAUAAUAUAGUUGUCCAGCUAACAAGCCGCAGUACGUGUCCUCGGACGUCGUGUUGCAUUUCGGAGAUGCGAUUUAGCACAAACAGGUAGGUGUUUUCACUUAAACUCCUGUCUGGCGAGAGUGCGGGACAUGAGUUUAACUUUGUUUUGCAGGUAGCGGAACCUGCCGCAUGUCGCCCCGAGAUCAAAAACCGAAUUAGACAGGUCCUGUAAACAAACUGCUAUUCUGGAUGUGCAGAGAGUCGGUGUUCAGAAGUGGACCAAUGGCGGUCCUUCGGCGCCUGCGCUAUAAAUUCUCAACUUCAAUCCCUGCGAUACUGGCAGCCCUUCAGCAUGCAGUCACUGCUCGUUCUCCUGACUAUUUCCGCCCUUUACAGAGGCAGCCUGGCUUGCUCUGUGAUGAACACGACGACCGAGUCGUCGCCUGGACGUCAGACGCCAGAUGCACCCCAUAGGUCACGCCCAAGGCCCAUUGAAUGUCCCCGUUACCAGCCACUGCAUGGGGCGAAAAGAACCAUGACAGAUGAAGAAAUGGCCGCCCCGGAAUUUAGGAGUGUUGUGAACAAGAGUCUGAUCGAUCUGAAAAACCAGUCAGAUGGCUGCUUUGAAUACGACCUGGUGGAAGUGAAGGAGGCUACCAAACAGAUAGUCGCCGACACGAGGUAUGAGUGGAAAAUGACGGUGCGUCCACGACGCAUCUCGUCAGACAGUCAGUGCCCCCUGAGCGUCUGUGAUAGCAUGACUGAGGAUUGCAAAACUGAGCAGGAAUUCAAGACCUCCGCCUGGGUCCGUCCCUGGGAGAAGGACGGGAGAACGCACCAAUUUACGCACACACGUACCGAUGCCUGAGUGGGCUGGUAUGCACUAGAGACACGGUUGCUGCCGAAAUGCGAUGCCACCAAGUACCUGAUACAAAAGCGCUCGCCUAUAUUUCCCGUAAUAAACUGAUACUGAUAUACUGAUAAAUUGAAAAUUUAAAACACUAAUCAUCCAUAUGGCAUGAGCUUUCUCUCACGUCUGUGAAAAAUAUACAUAUACGCAUAUAUAGUUGGUGACCUAACCGGGUGAAAGGUGUCAGAAUUUACGAAUGAUUGCUAAUCACUGGCAAUCCGGCAACAAUCCAUGGGCCCAAUAUCUGUAUUAGCAAAUAACAACUUCAAGAGAACUGAAGGCGCAAAAUAAACAUUGAAGGUAAUGUUAGGUUGCUUAGAAAUAUCAUCUUUUCAGAAAAGCGAAAGGGUGAAAGAAUGUCAAAAAUGGUUGUGAUCUAAGAAACGUCCGUUUUCGAUGUACAGAGAGCCUGUUCAUACAAAAAACUGAGUAUAUAUUAUAGUACAAAUAGAAGAACGUUUGACAACAGUCUUUUAAUGAAGUUUCCAUUAAAACACAUUUUAGGAAUUAGUAUUAUCUCAUGUAUGAUGUGAAUUUAAUGCUCGGCAUUGUUGAGUUGAUCGUGUUGUGGAGCGUUUCCAGUUGAUCCUUUUUAACGGUCACAAAUGUGUCGUCCACAUAUCGCAACCACAACAUGGGGUUACCUGAUGGAAGAGCUUUGACCUCCAGUUUUUUCAUAGUAAUCUCGACGAGGAAGACUGAGAUAGGUGGACCCAUUGGGGCUCCUUUCAGCUGUUGGUAAUACUGUUGGUCGAACGAAAAAUUAGUUUUUAUAGAAGGGUCUAUGAGUUCGAGUAAGACAGUAGAGGGAAUAUCCGUGUCAUAGGACUUCAGGCGAUCCUCUGUGUAUUGUUUUGCCAACUCCAGUGGUAUAGACGUAAAGAGGGAGACGACAUCGAAGGAGACCAUUAUCUCGUCGGUGGAAACUGUGAUUCAUUUUAAUCUCUUUAGAAACUCUGUUGAGUUCACUAUCGAAGUUUCACGAUUCCUCGUAAGUGGAUGAAGUGGGUGGGAUAGCCACUUGGAAAUCUUGUAGAUGGGUGCCCCGAUUAACGAUACAAUCGGUCGCAAAGGCACUUCAGCUUUGUGAACUUUUGGUAGUCUAUUGAUCCUAGCGAUGGUGUGCUCAGUUUGUUUCAGGUACUUAGAUAUGUCUCACGACAGUUGUUUUUUCCCUGUGAGGCGUUUCAGCACUUUAUCAAAAGACGAAGGUUGUGCUUUGGUAGGGUCCGCGGAAUGUGGCUUAUAAGCUGACCUACCUUUUAACAAUGAUAAAAUCUUUGCUUUAUAGUCCGCUUUAUAAAAAAUAGCAAUCGAGCCGCCUCUGUCAGCUGGGAGAAUGAUUAUGUUUUUGUUAGUUCUCAGGGUUUUCAACACUUUCUGUUCCUCAUGCGAUAGUAUUGUAAACUGAUUUCGACCCUUUAAGGCGUUUACAGUUGUAUUUCGGAUUGUGAACCGUUCGUCUUCUGUGAGAUCUGCUAUUGUCAUGAUGAAUUCCAAGCUUGUGAGCAAGGCGAAAGGUGGGCGCUCACCGAUCAGGUUACGGAACGUGCUUCUUCCUUUGUGCCUUGGGGUUCAGUAGUUAAGGGCGUUGGACUCCUAUUUAAUAAGUUGCGGGAUCGUGUCCCAAGCGUUUUACACUUCGGGGUUGGAUACCACUGGCUGACGAUGGCUUAUAAGUCAGAAAUUGCCAUUUCAGUUUCUCUUAUCUUGGUUUGUAAUUCCAUUCUGCAUAUAUGCAUGUAUGUAUAGGCAGACUACAACUUACAAGCCACUGACGUUCCUUCAUCGAUGUCGCGAUCAUGGCAUCCUACCGAAGUCUCUUCGUUUCAAGCCCACCCUAUCAAACGAGACUAGGAGGCUACUUGCAAACAAAUACGGAUUUCGCGUUUUGAAUGCUAUCAUAUCAGACGUUCACCGUCGUCUUUGCAGAUUCGAUGCAACAAUAUCCGACCUCCGAGGCCAGUGUAUCUCAGCAUUGCUUGAGUAUGUGUUCGGAGACGUGCUACAACGAAUAAACGCCACCGCUUUAGACGCCAGGAUGAAAAAGCCGAGCCGAUCUUCGAGUGAAACUGCAAUCCCUUCUUCACCCAGUCAACGAAAUCAGCAGGUCGACAAGAGUUGUUAACCUUUCUAAAAGGAGUCUGACAUCCGCUGAAUUGAGUCUACUAUCUAAGGGAAGAAAAUUCAGCCACACUGAUGCUGCGCCCACAAACUUCCUAGCGAACCUUGAAUCUAUUUUACUGACCUCUACUGUGCCUGAAGACAUUCGCGCGGACAUACGAAGCUGUGCCACUGGACUACUUCGACAAAAGAAGCACCACCAAGUCUUGCCUAUCGAUGAAGAAAAGGGGUUACACUCUCUUAACACAGACGACAGUAUAGUGAAUGUGUCUGCUGACAAAGGUGGCGCGACCGUCAUCAUGGAAAAGAGUGAUUACGUCAACAAGGCGAACCAAGUCUUCAACGACAGAGAAGCCUACGCAACACUCGCGGAUGACCCGACUAAAAAGCAAGCCGCGGCUGUAAAAAAGAGGGUGAAUGAGCUCACUCGACUGAAACUCAUAACCCCCGAUGAUUCCAAGCGCAUGAUUCUCAACGACCCCCGGAAAGCCCAUGCAUAUGGCCUCCCAUAG